GCUUACUACAACAUACUACUCUCACUUAAGUAUAGCUCGCUAUCGUUAUAAUGUCGGGCUUAUCGCAACCCUGACGGUCGCAGCAGACUCGUCCUCACUUUAGACCACACCAGUCCUGCGCUGACUGUUAUCCUGCUAUCAUGAGUAUCGAGAAGCAUGGCACAAAGUCUAUUGAUCUCUCUCACCACCUUUCCGAGCUAUCAAAGGCUAGGACAAUCUCUCCAUUGAAGGGGGUCAUGAAGUACUUCGCACAGCCAGGAAUUCUAUCCCUCGCAGGAGGCUUGCCUAGUCCUGCGUAUUUCCCUGUCUCUGACAUUUCUGCAAACGUUUUGGUACCAGAAUCAUUUGCUCUCUCUCCGACCGAGCCGUCUACCUCUUUGUCAUGGCUGUGGAAGUUAUUCGGUAGCCACGAUGCAACCAAGGAGAAGACUCAGGCUGUCACCAUUCCCAAGUACCCUGUCGUUACAGGGGAAAUCAACCUAGCCACCUCUCUUCAAUACGGCCAAGCAAUCGGAAUGGCACAGUUACAAGAUUUCUUGAAACAGUUCAUUUCCGAGGUCUAUCGUCCCGCUUUUGAGGAUUGGGCCGUCCUUAUCGACACUGGUAAUACUGACGGCGGUUACGACACUGUGCAACCCUGGCGAGGGUGUGUACUAUGCGAAGAGUGGACUUAUCCUUCCGCCGUGGCAUCAAUGGUCCCUUUCAAUAUCAAGCCUGUACCUGUGGCCAUGGAUGGAUUGGGCAUGAAGAGCGAUGACCUCGAGAACUUGCUGUCGCAAUGGGACCCAGUUUCACGUCAGAUGCCAAGGCCUCAUGUCAUGUAUAUCGUACCUGUCGGACAGAACCCGAGUGGCUCGACGAUGAGCGUCGCUCGUAAGAAACAGAUCUAUGAUAUCUGUGUCAAAUACGACGUAAUAAUUGUCGAAGACGAUCCAUAUUAUUUUCUUCAACUGGGAACGUACACAUCUAAAGACGACAGGUUCCCUGGUGCAACGCCUUCUGGAAAACCUAUGAGCCCUUCAUUUUUUACAUUAUUUCAUCUGACAAUUCGGUUUAGUUUCGACUACCAGGGACGCGUGAUCCGUCUCGAUACCUUUUCCAAGACCAUUGCUCCUGGUAGUCGACUAGGAUGGUUCACGUGCAAUCCUGCCUUUGCAGAGAGGUUAGAAAGGCAGGGAGAAACAUCAACUCAGGCUCCGUGUGGCUUCGGACAGGCCGUUGUAACGAAGAUAUUGAUGCAUUGGACCUACGAUGGUUACAUCCGCUGGCUCAGGGGUUUGCGAACAGAGUAUCAGCAACGCCGCGAUUUCUUUAUUGACUGUCUUGCAGAGGAGUUCCAUUUGCAUGCGGUUCCAGCAGUUGCAGGCGUCUGGGAAGGCUGCACCGUGUACCAAGCAUCAUCCAAAGUCAAGAAGAGCACCAGUAUGACUGAGAAAUAUUCGGCCCGGGAUCGCACAAUGUUUAGCUUCGUUCCCCCAGUCGCGGGAAUGUUCGUAUGGAUGAAACUUCAUCUUGACCAACAUCCCUCAUUCGCCCCGGGAGACGAAGAUACCUUGGAAACAAAAUUAUGGACGAAGUUAGCAGAGAACGGAGUGUUGUUUGGACCAGGAUGGAUAUUCGCAGCCAAUGCGAUAGCCGAGGACUCUCACAACAACGACUCCGGUCACUUCCGUGUCAGUUUCAGCAAUGCCGAGUUCGCCGACCUCAAGAAAGCCGUCACUAUCUUUGGACAAAUCAUCCGAGAGUUCUUUCAAGAGGAGGAUCUGUAGUCGCUAUUUUAGCAGUGGGGACAUUUUCUUGUCUUAUGUGUUCCUUAGUGUGUCAUUGUUUAUGAAUUAGGUCCCCGACUCCCACCUUCUGUAAAUUAGUUAAGUGCUGCUCAAUUCUAAAAUGUCGUUGUCAAUGUCGACUUGACCUUACGGCC